CCUCGUCCCCCAAGACGGAGCUGUGCGUCUGAAAACCGAUUCCAUUGGGAAGCUUUAUUCUCUCUUGACCCAUAUUCUCUCUUGAUCCAUAACUCCACUUGAUUGAAAGCACUCCUCUCUGCCGUUGAGAGGCUCGAGAACCACCUUUUACCGAUCGGCUCGAGGUGUUCUUGACACACAGAUGAGAACACGGCGGAGAGCGGAAGGCAUUUUGGCACCAAGAGUCCCACCUUUGGAAUUGAUGGUCGUGGGAAAACAAUAAUACUCGCCAUAGGGUGGAACUGAUCCCAACUCCCUGCCCCAUCUUAAAGCUAACGAGCUAGUCUCUGGCUCCAUCAAUUUCAUCUUUGCCAGUUUAGCUCGUGUAGUGCAUGUCGUGGUUGUGGUUGAGGUGUAGAGUGAAUUUCACCAUGAAUAUACGUUGCUGCCAAAGGAACUUCUGUGCUGCUUCGUCCCCUCUGGUCCCAGUGCCACUUCCAUCUCCAAUGGAAACACAUUUAUGGUAUUUAGUACCUAAUGAGGUGAAGAGUGACACACUUCUUAAUCAAUAUUUGGAACUUCUAUCCCCAUGCGAGAGAGAAAAUGUUUUCCGAAUGAGUGGAGAUCAGCUCCGAAAAAGAGCCUUGCUGGCUCGUGCACUGGUUCGCACUACAAUUUCAAGAUAUCAGACAAAUUGUCAAAUUCAUCCAAGAUCCUUGAAGUUUAGAAAGAAUAUCUUUGGGAAGCCUGAGGUAGACUGGCAAGAUGUUGAUGACAGGCACCUACCACCCUUGCAUUUCAACAUUUCACACUCUUCUUCCUUAAUAGCUUGUGGAGUGACUAUGAAUUCACCAAUUGGUAUUGAUGUGGAAGAGAAGCAACGGAAGUUAAAGAACAAUAUCUUAGCAUUUGCUCGAAGGUACUUUUCUCCUUACGAAGUGGAACUUUUAACUGCUAUUUCAGAUCCUGAAUUUCAGCGUCAGGAGUUAAUAAAAUUAUGGACUCUCAAGGAGGCAUAUGUGAAAGCAUUGGGAAGGGGCUUCUCAGCUGCACCUUUUAAGACCUUUACGAUUCGGUUUCGGACUGCUAUGGAAGGGGGCAUUCAUGUUUCCGGGCAUAGAGAUUCUGAGGCAUUUGAUACAGUUAUUGAUUCUUUUGAUGACCCCAAGAACCUCGCAAACAAUUGGCAAUUUGCACUCUUGGAUUUGGCCGGUUCUCAUUAUGCUGCCAUUUGCACCGAAAAGGAUAGAACCGCUGGGGGCAAGGGGACCCUUCCAAUGAAAUUGACAGUGUGGAGAACCAUUCCAUUUGUUGAAGAUGAAUGUGUUUCUGGAACUGAUGCUGUUGUAGCAAUAGCUGGCUUGACUUAAGCAAUUGUGAUUAUGGUCUGUGUAAUGAGCUUUCUGACCUUGGAUUUCCAAAUUUUUUGAUUUUAAAGCAAUUGGAAGGCUAA